UCACACAAUAAACGUACACAAAUCGACUUCAUCAAGAGGAAAGGAAAAUCAAAAUCAAGAUCGAAAUUUACAGAACUCAAUUGAAUAGCUCUGGCAAAUCACAACCAGCAUCUACAAUCAUUGAUCAGUCCCUUCAUCGGUCCGCAACCAGAAAACAGAGGUUCAAAAAUGUACACAUACACACCCACAUACUACUCCACUCUUCAUGACUCGAUCACCUCUCUCUGCAAGACCAUCCUUCCCUUCUCCUUCAAGAAGCGGCGGCUGCCAGCGGCCGAGCAGAAGCUAUCGAAGCUGCAGUCGGAUAAUCUGAAAUGGCAGCAAGAUUCCUUCCAUCAAAUACUCAAAUUGAUGGGCCUUUGUAAAGAAGGAAUCUUAGCAGAACACGAGGUUUCAUCUUUUCGAUCGCAUUUACUCGAGACCCUUAUCGCUUCUCCAGCCGAUCAAGAGCAACCUGUGAUCUUGAGGGAUAAGCUGCUAUUUUUGCAGGAGCUGUUUUACGCGAAGUGCAUUACGGCGGAUGAGUAUCAUUCUUCGAAGAGGCCUUUGUUACAGAGACUUGCAGUUCAAGGGGCUGAGAUCGAGGCCAGAGACGUAAUUGUUGCGAAUCAGAAGGAAAAUUCAGAAGAGGAGUGGUCAGUCAUUGACCUGAGGGAUGAACAGUGCUUGCUUAGCAAAGAAAGUUCAAAUUCAAAGAACAAAUCGAAACACGGUUCAGCUAUAAAGCAGAUUAAAGGCGUGGCCUCAGUUUUGAGCUUUGCAACGCCUCAUAAGAAUGUAAAGAACCGGGAAGAAAAGAGCAUCAUCGGUCCAGUGUCGGAACAUUCUGGGCAUAAUGAGUUGGGGUUGUCUAGAGAAAACCCUUUUUGGAACAUCCAUUUGAAGGAGAAAGAAAGUGAAACUCGAUCCAUACUUAUGCCAGAAAGCAUACCAGUGGAGACAGUGAAGGUUGAAAAGAGCGGUGCCGACAAGGCAAAGAAGAAAGUAUUUCGGACUCUGUUUCAGAAGGAAGGCAGUGAAAAUGUGCCUGAAUCUGAGGAAAAAGUUUCAAAAUCGGGGAAGAAGCAAUGGGGGUUUGAGGGGUUGAAGAAAUGGAAGAGAAACAACUGGGAAGACGAAACAACUCCACUGCCCCUUAGCGAGAGAUCAGAUAUUGAUUCUUAUUUGGGACCUUGUCAGCUUGUAGCUAGCCCCAUUGGGGAGGGCCCUGAUACAAAACAAAUAAAGAGGAAGAUACAUUCUAAUGGUUCCUCCUCAGAUUUUUUCAUCGAUAAGGUGUUGGGAGAGAAAAUAAAGAAGGAGCUGUCUCUAAUUCAGACGGAACUCAAUACCACAAACCACAAUCUUCAAUUUUCGAAUGAUCAGAUUGAAGCAAUUUCCACCAAGCUUCCUGUUGACAAAGCAGACCUGAAAAAGUUCUUUCCCAAGUCAUGGUGUGAUCGGUAUGGAGAUGUGGUGUUGGAUGUGGUGAAAAAGGAAUUCAAGGAUCACGUGGGAGAGAUGGAGAGUAUGCGAACUGCUGCCAGAGAGAAGCGUGGCCACUCAACCAGAUGGACAACCUUUGAAGAUGAUGAGAAUUGUCACCCAAAUCUCUUUGCGCAUCAGGAUCAUUCAUUCCAGAUGAAGCAAACAAAGCUCGCCCCCUCCAAGGAAGAUUACUCCUAUAUCAGCAACAUCGAUAGCAGUAACACCAAGUGCUUUGAAAACAAUCCCUUCUUUCAUGACUACAGUGAUGGUAGAGGUGAAAAGCCAAGGUCUGAAUUGGGUUUUUACCAGGACCAGAACCAGAACCCCUUUUGGAGUCCAAAGCAAGGAUCUUCCGUGAUGGGUUAAAUAUAAUAGGGCAGUGCUGGUUUGUUGGCACCGAGAGGCCGCGCUCGGAAGUAUGCUUUUAUCUUUACUCAUUUUCUUGUCAUCGCAUGAACAAUGAAGAACUCUGUUCUUCGAGCUAUGUAGAAUUCCACCUAUUACAUUUGUAGAUGGACCGUUCUAUUCCCGGUUGUUUCCCUCAGAAUGUGCAGUGAGACUUCGGGGUGUGUUUGGUAGGGAAACGACCAUCGUGGGAAUGUACGUCUUAUUCUUUUUUCUAAAUAAAAUAGAGUAGGAGGUAUUUUAUUUUGA